GCAGCAGCAGCAGCCCAGUCCAGCUGGCUUGGGAUUUGUGGUUGCACGAAGGGUGCCAUGCGCAGCCCUGUUGUGCCUGGCUGGUGGCUGGCCCUUGGGCAUCCCAGAGGAUAUUCUCCUUGCCUUGCUGUUAUGUGUAGAUGCCAUGGCUCCCAAAAAGAUGCCCCCCAAAAAGGGAGGUGAUGGACUCAAGCCACAUCCAAUCGUUGGAAGAUUCGGGACAACCCUGAAAAUUGGCAUUGUUGGCUUGCCAAAUGUUGGGAAAUCUACCUUUUUCAAUGUAUUAACCAAGAGUCAAGCUGCAGCAGAGAACUUUCCUUUCUGCACUAUUGAUCCAAAUGAGAGCAGAGUACCUGUACCAGAUGAAAGAUUUGAUUUCCUUUGCCAGUACCACAAGCCUCCAAGCAAAAUUCCAGCCUUUCUGAAUGUAGUGGAUAUUGCUGGCCUUGUGAAAGGAGCCCAUGCUGGACAGGGACUAGGAAAUGCCUUUUUGUCACACAUUAGCGCCUGUGAUGGAAUCUUUCAUCUACUGCGAUCAUUUGAUGAUGAUGAUAUCACACACAUUGAAGGAAGUGUUGCACCUGUUCGUGACAUUGAAAUAAUACAUGAAGAACUUAGGCUAAAAGAUGAGGAAAUGAUCAUGCCCAUUAUAGACAAACUAGAAAAAGUGGCUGUACGAGGAGGUGACAAGAAAUUAAAACCCGAAUAUGACAUAAUGUGCAAAAUCAAAAGCUGGGUAAUAGAAGAAAAAAAGCCUGUCCGUUUCUAUCAUGAUUGGAAUGACAAAGAGAUUGAGGUGCUGAACAAACACUUGUUUUUAACUUCAAAACCAAUGAUCUACUUGGUUAACCUCUCUGAAAAAGACUAUAUUAGAAAGAAAAACAAAUGGUUGAUAAAAAUUAAAGAGUGGGUGGACAAGCAUGACCCAGGCGCCUUGGUCAUUCCUUUUAGUGGGGCCUUAGAACUCAAGUUGCAAGAAAUGAGUGCUGAGGAGAAACAGAAGUAUCUGGAAGAGAACAUGACACAAAGUGCUUUACCAAAGAUCAUUAAGGCUGGGUAUGCAGCACUCCAACUAGAAUACUUUUUCACUGCAGGCCCCGAUGAAGUGCGUGCAUGGACCAUCAGGAAAGGGACGAAGGCUCCUCAGGCUGCAGGAAAGAUUCACACUGAUUUUGAAAAGGGAUUCAUUAUGGCUGAAGUAAUGAAAUUUGAAGAUUUUAAAGAAGGAGGUUCAGAAUCAGCUGUCAAGCUGGGUGCUUCCUGCUCUCCUGGGUUGCCAAACCCAGAAGCAAGACAGUGAGGAACCUUGGGACCUGUACCUGAAUGAGGAUGUUACACGCAUGAGAUAAAGAAAGCCAAGUGAUCAAGCCUUACACUUUUAUAUGCCUCUCAGUCGCCAACCCCUACGAGAGAUCGGGGCUUCCCUUCUGCAUUGCCUGACAUGGUUUCAGGGAUAGGAAAAGGCGGCUUGUGAAAUGAGGCUGUAACACACACAUGCAAGCCCACGUAUUGGAACUCUCGGGCCACCAGAUGCAAGCGUUGAAUUGUAUAAUCUUGAAUUUUAUCCAUGACCACAGCUUAUAUUUGUAGAGAGCAUUUUCUACGUGUCACUAAUUAAACUAAUCACUCCUGACUUUUGGCAUGGGUAUAGUCUUCGCAGUCAGAAUACUGCGAUGCCUGUGUUUAUCUAUAAAAUGUGUAGAAGACGAUUAACUUAAAACAGUUAGAACUUUGACUAAUUCUGUUGUAAUAAAUGUGCUGUCGUGGGUUAAAGGCAGCUACUGCAGCACCCAAUGCUCAAAGAAUAGUGUGUCCUUCCUCAAUAUGGUUCCCUCCAAAUGUUGUUGGACAUCAGUCCCAGUCAGCAUGGCCAGUGUUGAGGAAUCUUGUAAUUUGUAGUCCCAACAGUAUCCGGAGGGCACCAGGUUGGGAAAGCCUGGUGUCGUGUGUUGUUUCUGAGAUGCUUCUCAGUGCAGUCCUGUACAAGUCUUCUCAAAAAGUAAGCUCCACUGAGUUCACUGGGACUUUCUCCUGUGUAAGUGGGUAUCGAAUCAAGGACCUGUAUGUAGCAUGUUGGACGUAUAAUAUGGCAUAAUGUCAGAUUGAGAACAUUAGUAGCAAGUUUAUAGAUCUCUAUAAUUCCUGUCACUGAAGUACAAGAAGUAGCUUGUUUUGAAAAACCAUUAGUUUCACAGAACACUUGUCUUAAAGUUAUUAUUGUCUGCCUGUAACUUGUAUUACUUACAUUCCUGCCAAUAGAUUGUUAUAAAAGUUGCCCCUGGAAACUGCUGGAUAAGAAUGCCUUGUUUCAGGUUUUGCCUUUAAAUUGUAAAGUUUUUUUAAAAAAUUAUAUUCACUUCCUUUCCCUCUUUACCUUAUUUGCAAUGGUCCAUGCUUUCCCUUCAGUACUUAGAAUCGUUUGCAAAAAUGAUUUAGGUCAUAGAGGAAAAAUAAUCAGUCCUGCAUAAUAAAUUCAUUCGCUAAAAUACUGAUUGCAGGUGUGUGAUUUAGUUUUGUGGACAGGCUCCGUGUGGAUUUAUUAAUGCAAAUCGUUUCAUCUGCUUCUGGUUGCAUUACAACCUAUCCAUGCUAACUCACGAGGUAGAUCUUGGCCCACUUGCUUCCUUAAAAUCCAUUACUGGCACAUAGACUGGAUCUCAGGUACACUUCCCCCAACACGUAUUUAACAACAUCACAUUAAGAUGCUUAUUCUGCUCUUCCAUUUUUUAAGUUGGGUUGUUUCCAGGAGAUAUAAUAAAUGCCAAUUUAUUACCUGCA